AUGAAGUUCUUUAAACGCCACGAACAGGCGGGUGAGGAGCAACACCUAGAGAGGAAGCACACCACCAACGAUGCGGCUGAACAAAAGGUUACCUUCAUUGCCUGCUUCUUGGGUCUUGUUGCCUCCAUUGGUGGCUUCAAGUUUGGCUAUGUCAGUGGCCAGAUUUCCGGCUUCUUCAUGAUGGACGACUACUCCCGCCGCUUCGGAGAGCUACAAGACGAUGGAUCAUACACAUUUAGUGCUGUCCGCCAGGGAACAAUCGUCGGUCUGCUCAGCGCUGGCUGUCUGAUUGGAUCUCUUAUCGCUGGAAACCUCGCCGACUCUAUUGGCCGCCGCCUUACCAUUUCCCUCACAGCUCUGUCGACCUGCAUCGGUACCAUCAUCGAAAUCUCGUCUACGACGCAUUGGGUUCAAUUCGCCGUCGGUCGACUUGUUACAGGCUUUGGAAUUGGAUCUCUUUCUGUCGUGGUGCCCAUGUACCAGAGUGAGAGUUCUCCCGCCAUCAUCCGAGGUAUCCUCGUUUCGUGCUAUCAGCUCUUUGUGACGCUGGGCAUCUGGACUGCUGAGAUGGUCAACUGGGGUACCGAAGCCAAGACCGACUCUGCAUCUUGGAGAAUCCCCAAUGGUCUCUCCUUCUUGUGGUCUCUGAUCCUUGGCGCUGGUAUCCUAUUCCUCCCUGAGAGUCCCCGAUAUGCCUACCGAAAGGGUCGUGAGGAGGAAGCUCGAAACACCAUUGCUCGUCUGGCUGGUCUUGAGCCCAAUGCUCCUAGUGUCAACCGCCAGAUUGCCGAGAUGCAGGAGAAGCUUGAAGAAGAGCGAGCUUUGCCUGACACAAAGUGGCACGAGAUCUUCACUGGCCCCCGUAUGGCUUACCGUACCACGCUCGGAAUUGUUCUCCAGGCUGGUCAGCAGCUUACCGGUAUCAACUUCUUCUUCUACUUUGGCACCACCAUCUUUGCCUCUACUGGUCUGAGCAACAGUUACGUCACCCAGCUCAUCCUCGGAUCCGUCAACUGCGCCUGCACAUUCGCCGCUCUCUACAUUGUGCAAAAGUGUGGUCGUCGUAAUGCUCUCAUGGUCGGCGGUGCCUGGAUGAUGAUGUGUUUCUUCGUCUACGCCUUUGUCGGACACUUUGCCCUCGACAGUGAAGAUCCUCUCAACACUCCUGCGGCUGGUGCUGUUCUCGUCACCUUCUCUUGUCUGGCUAUCGCUGCCUUUGCUACGACAUGGGGUCCUCUCGUCUGGGCUGUUGUUGCCGAGCUUUAUCCCUCGCAGUAUCGUAGCCGCUGUAUGGCUCUCGCCACGGCUGCCAACUGGCUCUGGAACUUUCUCAUCUCUUUCUUCACCCGCUUCAUCGUUGAUGCCAUCGACUACUUCUACGGCCUCGUCUUUGCCGGAUGUUGUGCCGCCCUCGUCGCCAUCGUCUUCUUCUUCCUCAUCGAGUCCAAGGACCGUACUCUGGAGGAGAUUGACACCAUGUAUAUGCAGCACGUCAACCCCAUCACCUCGAGCAAGUGGGACCCCAACACCCAGAGCAACAAGGGCCGUGGAGGUCAGACGACGGAUGAGGAACAUUCGUCUUAA